AUGGAAAAAAGAGAGUCGCUUGAACCAUUAUCGUCAUCAUCACCGGCAGACAACCUUGUAGAUAUACAACAGCAAGAUAUACAAGCCUCCAAACCACUGCCUCGGCGUAAAUGGUCCGAACAACAACUACCAAAGCAGCAGGCUGAUAAAACCUCAUCAUCGACAGACUACCUACAAGGUAUAAAUCAACAAAAUGUACAAGCCCCCAAGCCACUGCCACGACUUAAACGAUCCCAGCAACAACCACUCCAGCAAAAAACUAUUGAAUUGGCAGACAGCCUGAAAGUUAUACAACAAAAACAUAUACAAUGCACCAAACCACUGUCUCAGGAUCAACAACUCAUGCAACAGGCUCUUGAAUUUCAGCCAAAACCACUGCCACGAACUAACUGGCUAUUAAAACAACAAAAUAAGUCUCGCCGACCACUACAGCAUAAAAUUGGAGCUUCUGAACAGGAUUCUAACCUGCCCCAACCCAUGCAAAGAACCAACGGGUCCAAAAAACAACCUCUAAAUGGGACCAAACUACAAUGCAAACAACAAAGUAAGGCACUCGAGUCUCGACCAAACAUAACGGCCGUUAUGGAAAUAACUUUGAAAAAAUUACAGAAGACAUCAAAAAAUAAUCUACUAAGAAGUAUUUUAUUAAUUAACAUCCUCCGUUUGCUGAUGCGUUCGUUAGAAAGAAGGCCAUAA